GUUUGUAUGUUUAAGGUGAUCAGUGAAUGGAUGGGCGGCAACGUGCUACAACUUAUCAGAAAGCGUGUGUUUGUUGAGGGAUUCCAUUGACUGCAUCUGUGAAUUUCUUAAACUUUGUGGACGGACUCACUGGGCAGGUGAAGCGCGGUGUCACGCAAAUAGGAGUGGCGAUGGAUGAAGGUAAAAACAGGCAAAAGUCCUCUGUUUGUAUAUACCAGUAAGCGCAAGACCCGAGGGGGCUAAUCAUCUGGUACAGUGCUCUGACACUUAGUAACAGAAAAGCGAGGCGCCUGAGCUGAACCGUGGAGUAGGGUUUUAGAGGACACGGGCUAUCAUGGAUAAAAAUGGAACUGAACAUCAGAAAACAUGCCAGGAUAAUGGAUCCAGGCGAGCACGUAGAGGUAACUCUGUUCACACCAUCUCAGGGGUGGUCCUUGACGAAUUACAGAAAGCUUCCAUGAUGAAGAGAAAUGAGAAAUAUGGUUCUUUACCUCUUCGAGAAAAACAGGUGGACAUCAUUAAGAUCAAGGCCAUUGAGGACAUUGGAUAUGUCCAAACAGAUGCCAUGAUUUUAAACUCUAUGGUUCCUGAACAGGACUCCAGCUGCCAACAAGGCUUGUACUUCCAAGAUGGGAGCAGGAGGGUGGAUUACAUUCUUACCUACCAGAUCAAGAAAUCAGGGGCCUUCAGGAAACAGCCGACGCGCCACGGAGACAAUGCCUGUAACCGUUCCACCAAGAAAGACCAGCCUCUCCCAAGCAAGAAAAAUGACCCUGAGAUUGGAGAACAGGACCUCAGUAUGGAUUACCACGAGGAUGACAAGCGAUUCCGCAGGGAAGAGUUUGAAGGCAACCUCUUGGAGGCUGGCCUAGAACUGGAGAAGGACGAAGAUUCCUGCAGAGAUGCAGAUUCUGAGCAUGGCUCUCCGACGGAUCAAACACUGACAAAAACUUAUGGGAUAGGAUUUGUGAAAAUACACGCUCCUUGGAACGUGCUCUGUAGAGAGGCAGAGUUUAUGAAGCUCAAAAUGCCAACCAAAAAGGUGUAUGAGGUUAACCACAGCCAUAACUUUGUGGAGAAAAUCAACACAUUUAUUCAUAAAAUAACAGAACCACUUCACCCCAACUUGGAAGAAAAAAGAAUAUCCUCAGUAAAGCACCUCUCCUAUCCUUUCUCAAGAGAAAAGCAGCACUUGUUUGAUUUAUCAGACAAAGAUUCCUUUUUUGACAGUAAAACGAGAAGUACAAUAGUUUAUGAAAUACUGAAGAGGAUAACUUGUACCAAAGCCAAAUACAGCAUGGGGAUUACCAGCCUGCUUGCCAAUGGAGUUUAUAAUGCAGCCUAUCCCUUACAUGAUGGUGAUUGUGAAGGUGAAAAUGCAGAGCCUAAUGACAGAAAGCUCUUGUAUGAAGAAUGGGCAAGCUACAGUGUAUUUUACAAAUACCAGCCUAUUGAUUUGAUCAGAAAAUAUUUUGGGGAGAAAAUUGGUCUGUACUUUGCCUGGCUUGGCGUUUACACACAGAUGCUUAUCCCAGCAUCCCUGGUUGGGAUUAUUGUGUUCCUCUAUGGCUGUGCUACUGUGGAUGAUGACAUCCCUAGCAUGGAGAUGUGUGACGAUCGUAUCAACAUCACAAUGUGCCCCCUGUGCGAUCGAACCUGCAGCUACUGGAAGCUCAGCACCGCCUGUGCCACGGCACGUGCCAGCCAUCUCUUCGACAACCCGGCCACUGUCUUCUUCUCUAUCUUCAUGGCACUGUGGGCUGCCAUGUUCAUGGAGCACUGGAAGAGAAGACAAAUGCGGCUCAAUUACAAAUGGGAUCUGACAGGCUUCGAGGAAGAGGAGGAAGCAGUCAAGGACCACCCAAGAGCUGAGUACGAGUCCAGAGUUAUGAAGAAAUCAAUGAAAAAAGAGCACAGAAAGAGAAAGAAACACCCGGAGGUCGUGAACGAGGGAACAAACAAAUGGAAACAAACAGUUGAAACUGCCAUGGCUGGGGUCAAGCUGACUGAAAAAGAGAAGCUGACCUGGAGGGACAGAUUCCCUGCCUACAUGACAAAUGCUGUCAUGAUUCUGUUCAUGAUUGGUCUGACAUUUGCAAUAGUGUUUGGCGUGAUCCUCUACCGCAUCUCCACAGCUGCAGCGCUGGCUAUGAGCUCUAGCCCCAGCACCAAGUCCAAUGUGCGGGUCACUGUCAUGGCCACAGCGGUCAUCAUCAACCUGGUGGUCAUCCUGAUCCUGGAUGAGCUCUACGGGUACAUUGCCAGAUGGUUGACUCUGAUUGAGGUCCCAAAAACUGACAAAAGCUUUGAGGAGAGGUUGAUUUUCAAGGCAUUCGUACUGAAGUUUGUGAACGCAUUCACACCUAUAAUGUAUGUUGCUUUCUUCAAAGGAAGGUUCAUUGGCCGUCCAGGAAACUAUGUCUAUGCAUUUCAAUCUUUCCGAAUGGAAGAGUGUGCGCCAGGAGGAUGCCUCAUGGAGCUAUGUAUUCAACUCAGUAUCAUUAUGCUGGGUAAACAGCUCAUCCAGAACAACCUGUUUGAGAUUGGAAUUCCCAAACUGAAGAAACUGAUCAGAUACUUCAAGUCAAAAAGAACAUCUGUGCCAGAGGAGGAACACAACAAGAAGCUACAGUGCUAUGAAGUUGACUACUACCUGGAGCCAUUUGCAGGGCUUACGCCCGAGUACAUGGAAAUGAUGAUACAGUUUGGAUUCGUUACCCUGUUUGUGGCUUCAUUUCCGCUGGCUCCCCUUUUUGCAUUGUUAAACAACAUAAUUGAGAUUCGUUUGGAUGCUAAGAAGUUUGUAGCAGAACUCAGGAGACCAGUGGCUGCACGAGCAAAAGAUAUUGGAAUCUGGUACAAUAUUCUAAGAGUAGUGGCAAAACUGGCAGUCAUCAUUAAUGCAUUUGUGAUCUCGUUCACGUCUGACUUCAUCCCGCGCCUGGUGUACCUGUACAUGUACAGCACAGACGGCUCCAUGCAUGGUUUCAUCAACCACACCCUGUCCUACUUCAAUGUCAGCGACUUCAAGUCAGGGACUGAGCCCAUUGAGCCCAUGGAGCUGGGCUACAAGGUGGAAAUUUGCAGAUUCAAAGACUACAGAGAGCCCCCUUGGUCAAUGAAUGGUUACGACAUCUCUAAACAAUUCUGGGCUGUCUUGGCAGCUAGAUUAGCAUUUGUCAUUGUCUUCCAGAAUCUGGUGAUGAUCAUGAGUGACUUUGUGGACUGGAUGAUCCCAGACAUUCCCAAGGACAUUAGCGUGCAGAUCCAUAAGGAGAAGGUACUCAUGGUGGAGCUGUUUAUGAAAGAAGAACGGGGCAAGCUGCAGAUGCUGGAGAACAUGAUAGCAAAGGGCAAGGAACCCAAGAGCAAGGAGAACUGUAACAACCACAGUCCUAUGAACCGACCCCUAUGCCACAAGGGGAGCAGCACUUCUUUGCAUUCACAAAAUAUUGAUGUAUAAGAGAUGGCUUUAAAAAAAAAAAAAAAAAAAAAAACAUAACAUUCAAAAUGUUAUUUGUCUGGGCAUUCCAUAGAAUGAUGUACUUGAGAAGAAAGCAUCACAGUACGAGUUGUGUCAGUGUGUAACUGCCGAUCUCAGUCCUGUCAUUGUUCAGUUAACUCAAUGAUCUUACAAAUGUGGAGGACCACAUUACAAACACAUUUUUUUUUUUUUUUUUUGCACAAAACAAUCCAGCACAGGGAAAUGUGUUUAAUAUAUCUUAAAGAUGCAGCUUACUCAGCAUGAUAAGGAUGAGCCUUUAGAAAUAGCUUCUCAUUUCCAGGCAUGAGCUGAUAACCUAUUUUUUUGUUUGUUUGUUUUGUUUUUUUUUAAUUAAAAAAAAUUGCUGUCAUUGGUUAUGAUCCUUAUGAAACUGAUUUUUUUUUUGUUGCACUUAUUAAAAUGUGUAAAAAAAGCUAAUCUUGGAAUCAAGGAUUUAAUUGACAGUUUUUAAAAACUGAUCAAUGACCAAACACUAAACAAUACUAUAACAGUGGAAAAAAUAAAAUGCAUUGUCCUUUUCAGAUUAUUAUUUUUUUUUUACAAAUUGUAAUCAAGAAUGUUUCCAUCUCUUAAAACUGUUCUUCCAUGCAAAAAUAUUUUUUUUAUUUUAAUGAAUCGCUACAUGAAGGUCAUAGAUUCCGACCUAUUAACCCUUUACUCUCUAUCUUAGGAGUUAUGGCUAAGCGGAGGUACAGUGUCGGGGAUAGAAGUGAGCACUUUUACAGGUUUUAUAUAUAUAUAUA